CACAACUGUCCAGCAGGAUCAGUGGCUAUUCUGACGUGUUGUGAGAGGACUUUCUUCAUUCAAGAUGAAUCACUUAAUGGUCUUCGCCAUGCUGUUCGCUGGAGCUGCGGCAGCGAUCAUGGACACCAUAAAUACGCCUUUCAAGAUAAACAUCGACAAAGAAAUCAUGGCACUCAACAUGGACCCUAUGCCUUUGCCGAACAUUGAAUUCAGUAUCAAGCCUACCGAUUCAAUUACUGAAAUUAAGCUGAUCAAUGGCAAGGUGGAGGGCCUCAGUAAGGUCAUCAAGCCCCUGGGUCGUUGCAUGGAACGCAAAGAGGACGGUGACAUUGCCUGUCACAUAACGAUUGACGGCCUGCGAAUCAUCUACGAGGCGACAUCGAUUAAUCCAGACAAAACAUUCGACGUGGAAGUGAUCAUUCAACACAGCGCCAUUGAAAUGAUCAUCGGCGCCACACCAGACGGUAUGAUGACUCUGAAGAACAUCCGUAUCCAAAGUAUGUACCCCUGGAUUCGCACACCUAGGGUGAUUAGUGGCGACAUGAUCAUGAACAGCAUGUUUGACAUGGAGCUCAAGAUGAAGCUGCACGAACUUUUCGUGGACAACACGGUGACAGCGAAAUUCGACAAGGCUCUGGAGAAGGUUAUCGCCUUGGAACGCUUCCCCAAGAAAAUCAUUGGAAAUGAGAUACCCAUCGAUACUAGCUUUAUCAUCGGUAUCUAAGCGGUUCAUGAUGCCCGAACGACUUCAGGAAACAGACAAAGGCAGCCUUGUACACUUCUGUGAUGUCUUUUACGCACACACGUUUUUGUUUUGAACCUUGGUAUUGUAUCAGAGUAAUGUUGCAAAUAAAUUUAGCGUCUCGUCACAUGGG